AGUAAAACCCUCAAAACACAAUCUUUCUGCUCGGCCGCCCUUCCUUCACCAAAUUAUCUCUUUUUAAUAACAAUCAAUCUUUCUAAUUCUAUUGUGUAAUAAUUAUAAUAAUAAUAAUAAAAUUAUGCCUCGAAAGAGCAACAAGAAAACCCCACAAAAACCAGAAUAUGUUUUUGAUGAUUCUGAUAUGGAUGACGAAAUUGAUGUCUUUCAUAAGCAGAGAGAUAUAGUGCCAUUGGACUUAGAUAAUGAUGCUGCUGAUUCUGAUCAAGAUAAUGAUCAACACGUUUUCGAUAUCGAGAAUGGUAGUGAUAGUGACGAGGAUGAAGAUGACUUUGAGGACGAUACCGGAUUUGCUGCGAAAAUCGCGAAGCAGCAAAAAAGUCUAAAGGCCAAGAUUGGUGGAGCUGCGGAUGAAACACAAGAUGAUGCCGAAGAAGAAGAGAAAACAGUUGCGUGGGGGAGGGCCAAAAGCAAUUAUUAUGAUAACAAUAAGGGGGAAUCAAGUGAGGACGAGGAAGAGGAGGAGGUUUUGAGACUCCAAAAUGAAAAAAUGAAGAAGUAUUCAAAUGCCGACCAUGGUCUUGAUGAUGAUGAUAGUGAUACUGAUGAUGAACCUACUCUGGAGAAUUUGAGUAAGAAGAGAAAGCCCCGAUCAAAAGCUAAUGAGGGAAAUGAUGUCCAAGAUGAACCUGACACUGGUUACGAGGUAGUUAGGAAGGAUCCAAGCGCUUUGUCAAAAGAAGAGCAAAUGGACAUUGUAUACAAUUCAGCUCCAGAAUUAGUUGGUUUGUUGUCAGAGCUAAAUGAAUCAGUUGAACAGCUUGAGACUAAAGUUGAUCCAGUAUUAAGCAAGCUUAAAGAAGAGAAGAACUUAAAUAAAAGUGGCAUACAAUAUAUGGAGCUGAAGAAACAACUUUUACUGGCAUAUUGUCAAGCUAUUACCUUUCACCUUCUUCUCAAGUCAGAAGGUCAUGCAGUUCAUGAUCACCCGGUUCUUGGUCGCCUUGUUGAGAUUAAAAACUUGUUAGACAAGAUGAAACCGCUUGAUGAGAAUCUAUGGUCUGAAGUUGACGAAUUUCUUAAAAAAGAAUCUCCUACAUCAAUGGUGGUAUCUCCCAAGGAGAUAGCAGCUAUUGAAUCUGUUUCUGUAAUUAAAAAUAUCGAGGAUGCAGAUACACAAAAAGAACCUCACGUGGAACCGAAGAUCUCAAAAGCGAAUUUAACUAUGGAACAAGAUAAUAGAGGUAAACGUAAGCGUCAAAAUGAGCAACUAGGUGUGCAAAGUGUGGAAAUGUUGAAACUAAGAGCUGCCCUCGAGGAGAAACUGAAGCAGAAAGGUGUCUUUAACUUGGAAGCCUCAAAAACCAAUGGGGUUAAGAGGACUGCAAAACUAUUCAACGGAAAGCUAGAGGCACGGGAUGAUUUCGAUGAUGAUGCUUUCGAUGUCGAAGGAAGCCAAAAUAAAUCUUCAAAUAAAUUAUCUCAGCUUGUAACGCAGAAGAAGAAACCGAGGGUUAUAUCUGGAGAUGAUGAUUUACCCAAGCGAGAUGACAUUGGAGAAAGGCGAAGAAAACAUGAAAUGCGUGUUCUGGCAACUGCUGGAAUCCAGUCUGAUGAUGAUUUUCAAGAGAAUGAGACUGGCACCAUUGGGGGUGAUGGAACUAGUGACACGAAUGAAGAUAGUGAAAUAGCCUCAGAUAAUGACCUUUUGAAAGAGACAAAAAUAAAACGUGACGCCAAGUUAGCUGCUAAAGCACGGAAAUACUCUAGAACUGCUCCUUCCGUUGUUGCUGCACCAGAAACUGUUGAUGGGAAACGUCACAUAAAUUAUGAGAUGGAUAAGAAUCGUGGAUUGACCCGCCAGCGCAACAAGGAUAAAAAGAAUCCAAGAAAGAACUACAAGUUGAAACACAAGAAAAAAGAAGUUUCUAGGAAUGGACAGGUACGUAAACAUACACUGCCUGCCGGUCCCUAUGGUGGGGAAAGUACUGGAAUCAGUACCAUUAGCCGAAGUAUCAGAUACAAGAGUUGAUCACUGCUUUAUACUUAUGUAUUAAGGGUAAUGUGAUGAAAUUCGCUUAAAUUUUGUUGUAAGGUUUACCUGACCUCAUUGUUAACUUGUUAGACAGUUAACCCGAUUUUAUAUAAUUAUUUGAUUUGAUUUCUA